UUUAAUCUUAUCAAACCCUAAAAAGGCUACACGCCUGAUUUUGGAGAAACCAAGCUUCACCUCCUCCGUUCGUUCUUCUUCAUAGCUCACCGCCGCAUCGCACAACGUCGAUUGGGAGACCUGAUUCGCGAGAGUUGAUAUUUUCUUCUAGCCAUGACGCCUCUUAAAGACCUUUUACCUGACCCCAAAUCAACCACUACCACGCAUUAUGAUCAUUCUAAUGAUCCAUGGUUCAAAAACCGUUUCGUUGAAAACGAGGCCGAGAAGUCCGCAACCAUCAUCUUUAAAGUGGUACCUGUUUACCUGAAACGUCAAGGUUUCCGUCCCAAGAAUCCUGAGGAUUUUGGUGAUGGUGGUGCUUUCCCUGAGAUUCAUCUUGCUCAGUUUCCUCUUGGUAUGGGUAGGAAUAAAUCAAAUAAGCCUGGAGCCAAGACUCUCCCUGUUACUGUCGAUGCUCAGGGUAACGUUGUCUUUGACGCCAUUGUGAGGCAGAAUGAGAACUCCAAAAAGAUUGUUUAUUCUCAGCAUAAGGAUAUUAUUCCAAAGAUUCUCAAAGACGAGGGGUACUUGGAUACUGUAUUGGAUGAAGAGGAGGAAUUGCAGAAGGAGAUACAGGAGACUGCUGAGGAAACAAAAGCUGCCAUUGAGAAGAUUGUGAAUGUGAGACUCAGUGCAGCGCAGCCUAGUAAUGUGGCAAGGCAGUCGGGUGAGUCCAAGUACAUCAAGUAUAAGCCUUCCCAGCAAUCUGCAGCGUUCAAUUCCGGUGCUAAAGAGAGGAUUAUUAGGAUGGUGGAGAUGCCUGUAGACCCACUUGAUCCACCAAAGUUCAAGCAUAAGAGAGUCCCAAAGGCUUCUGGUUCUCCGCCUGUUCCGGUCAUGCAUUCACCGCCCAGGCCUGUUACCGUCAAGGACCAACAAGACUGGAAAAUCCCUCCUUGCAUCUCAAAUUGGAAGAAUCCAAAGGGUUACACAAUCCCUCUUGAUAAACGUCUAGCUGCUGAUGGAAGAGGCCUACAGGACGUUCAGAUCAAUGAUAACUUUGCCAAGUUAUCAGAGGCGCUCUAUGUAGCUGAGCAGAAAGCUAGAGAGGCUGUUUCAAUGCGUUCAAAGGUGCAAAAAGAGAUGUCAAUGAAGGAGAAGGAAAGGAAAGAGCAGGAAUUGAGGGCUCUUGCCCAAAAAGCUCGCUCUGAAAGAACUGGUGCAGCUGUGAGUAUGCCUGUUUCAUCGGACAGGGGUAGGAGUGAAAGUGUUGACCCAAGGGGUGAUUAUGACAACUAUGACCGGGAGAGAGAAAGGGAAAGAGAGAGGGAAGGGCCAAAAGAGACUAGAGAGGAAAGGGAGGAACGGAUUCAGAGAGAGAAGAUCCGAGAAGAGCGUCGUAGGGAAAGAGAGAGGGAGAGAAGGUUGGAAGCUAAAGAUGCUGCCAUGGGCAAGAAGAGCAAGAUCACAAGAGAUAGAGACCGUGAUAUCAGUGAGAAAGUUGCUCUUGGAAUGGCAUCUACUGGAGGGAAAGGUGGUGAAGUUAUGUAUGAUCAACGGCUGUUUAACCAGGACAAAGGAAUGGACUCUGGAUUCGUUGCUGAUGACCAAUACAAUUUAUAUGACAAAGGCUUGUUUACUGCACAACCCACUCUUUCAACGCUGUACAAGCCAAAGAAGGAUAACGAUGAAGAAAUGUAUGGAAACGCAGAUGAACAGCUCGACAAGAUCAAGAACACUGAGAGGUUUAAACCUGACAAAGCUUUCACAGGGGCUUCCGAGAGGGCUGGUACCAAGAGAGACCGACCUGUUGAGUUUGAGAAGGAAGAGGAAAAUGAUCCUUUCGGUCUAGACAGGUGGGUUUCUGAUUUGAAGAAAGGUAAGAAACCUUUGGACAAAAUCGGGUCUGGAGGAACUAUGAGAGCAAGUGGCGGUGGUGGUAGCUCGUCAAGGGAUGACCAUGGCGGAUCUGGUCGAACCAAGAUCAAUUUCGAACGCAGUGGCCGUUGAAAAUCAUGACAACGAAACCUUUGUUUGAUUCCAAUAUAUAACUUGUUAUCUUGGAUCUGUUGAAACAGUGUUUGCUUUUGAUUCAAUAUCUAUGUUGUAGCGACUUGUGUUGAGUCUCUGAACUCCACUCGAAUACAAUCUUUCAACUUCAUAUAUCAGAUCUUUGAGCUUUAUUACUA